CAAGCACACAGACAGGUGCAGCCCGGGGAUGGGUCAGGACCAGGAGGAGUUUGCACUCAUAUAGAAAGCCGCCUGCACAUUGGAAUAUGCUCUUCAUGCUUCUCUGCGGCUCUCGCUGCUUUUAAUUGACUGAUCUGAUUUGAGCUGUUGGGUGCAUUCUUCCUUGAAUGCAAACAUCGUCAUGUUUAUUAGAACAACGUGCCUGCUCCACUUUGUGGUGUCCCUGUCCAAACUGGUGCGCUGCAUGGAAAGUGAACUUUGCUUCCCGGUCAGACUGGACAUCCAGCAGCAGCAUAAAGACAGAUGGGAGUCUGACAACUACGUGAAUGCUCUCAGUGGGAAAUGUGUGCUAAGAAUUGAAGCUUUCCACCAGCAGUUAGUGGUGGAUUUACAGCCAGAUUCAAACUUUAUCGGCCCUUAUGUGUCCAGUCAAGAUGCACCGUGGCUCUCCAGUACGGAUGUCACCACAGACCUGAGCCGGUGUUUUUACUCCGGCUAUGUGAAUGGUGACCGCUCUUCUUACGCAGCCUUGAGCCUGUGCAAAGGUGUGCAAGGUGCAUUUGGCUACCAAGGAUGGGAGUAUUUCAUCAGCCCGGCGCGUAAUGACACCACAAGCGCAGGCAGCGCGCACGUCAUCCGGCGCAGAAACAGCAGCAACUUGAAGCCCAAUUCCACCUUAAGGUGCGCAGUGGACAAUGACAUCAGCCUCCACGUCGCGCGGUUAUUGGGGAAAUACAAGAGCCUUAACGAUAAUGACAAUGUGACCGAAACCAUGCUGAGAAGGAUGGGGAGAAGCAAACGCUUCGCUUCCGUCCCAAGAUACGUGGAGACCAUGGUGGUGGCGGACCAGACCAUGGUCGAGUUCCACGGCGACGACCUUAAACAUUACAUCUUGACACUCAUGUCAGUGGCAGCAAGGCUCUACAAGCACCCAAGUAUCCUCAACUCAAUCAACAUCGUCGUGGUGAAGAUUGUGGAGAUAUUCGAGGUGGACAAAGGACCCAAGGUGUCUGGGAACGCAGCCAUGACGCUCCGGAACUUUUGCACUUGGCAGAAAAAGAUGAACAAGCACAACGAUAAGCACGCAGAGUACUGGGACACCGCGAUACUCUUCACUAGACAGGACCUUUGUGGCGCCUCCACAUGUGACACCCUCGGUAUGGCUGAUGUUGGCACCAUGUGCGAUCCCAAGAGGAGCUGCUCAGUGAUCGAAGACGACGGGCUCCCUUCGGCUUUCACCACAGCUCAUGAGCUUGGACACGUCUUCAACAUGCCGCACGACAACGUGAAGGCCUGCGAGGACGUGUUUGGGAAACUGCAGGAUAAUCACAUGAUGUCUCCUACGCUCAUUCAGAUUAAUCGCACCAGUCCGUGGUCGCCCUGCAGUGCUGCCAUCAUUACGGAGUUUUUAGACAGCGGACAUGGGGAGUGUUUGCUGGACCAGCCCCAGAAACCAUUAGGCCUCCCAAACGUCCUCCCUGGAGCAUCCUACAUCCUAGAGCGUCAGUGUCAGCUGGCCUUUGGUGAAGAUUCCAGGCCCUGUCCCUUCAUGCAGCCACCAUGCGUACGUCUGUGGUGCACAGGAAAGUCCAAUGGCCAGUUGGUGUGCAUGACUCGACACUUCCCCUGGGCGGAUGGCACACACUGCGGAGAUGGAAAAGUCUGUGACCGAGGGAUCUGCUCGGAAAAAGAGGACCACAGUGUAAAGGUGGACGGUCGCUGGGGUAAAUGGGGGUCUUUUGGUUCAUGCUCACGUACAUGUGGAGGUGGCGUCCAACUGGCCAAAAGGGAGUGCAACAAUCCAGUCCCGUCAAAUGGGGGCAAAUACUGCCAAGGGGUUCGGGUCAAAUACCGCUCCUGCAACCUGAACCGCUGCCCUGACACAGGUAAGACAUAUCGCGACGAGCAGUGUGAAAUGAGCGGCCGCAGCUUCAGCAGCAACCACAUCGCCCCCUCUGUGGUGUGGGUACCCAAGUACUCUGGAGUGAGUGCUGAUGACAGAUGUAAACUCAUCUGCAGAGCGAAUGGAACCGGCUACUUCUAUGUGCUGGCACCCAAGGUUGUCGAUGGAACCCCAUGCACCCCAGACUCCCUGGGAGUGUGCGUUCAAGGAAAAUGCGUCAAGGCUGGUUGUGAUGGAAAAAUUGGCUCCACCAAGAAGUUUAACAAGUGUGGAAUCUGCGGCGGUGAUAACAAAAGCUGCAAGAAGGUGUCGGGACUCUUCACCAAGCCCAUACAUGGCUACAACUUUGUGGUCAUGUUGCCAGUGGGUGCGGCCAACAUAGACAUCCGUCAGCGAGGAUACCAAGGAAUGCUGGGUGAUGACAACUAUUUGGCGGUGAAGAACAGCGAGAGUCAGUACCUGCUCAAUGGCAAUUAUAUGGUGUCAGCGGGCGAGAGGGACAUCAUCGUGAAGGGCAGUCUGCUGCGCUACAGUGGCACCACUGGCCUCUCUGAGACCCUCCAGGCUGUGAAUCCCUUGGGCGAGGCCCUCACUGUGGAGGUGCUGUGUGCAGGCAAUUUGACACCUCCUCGCAUACGCUACUCUUUCUACCUGGCCCAUCAGAACAAAGAGGACAAGACCCUGAAGAAGGACGCUCGUGUGAAAUCUCACAACAGUGUUCUGGCUGAUGACAGCGUCAAAGAGAGGGGGUCGGACAUUUUGAAAAAACCUUACAGCAAAGAGGAGCCUCUUCUUGAGAAAUGGACAUCUACGUCCUGGGAUGAAUGCUCGGUGAGCUGUGGCGAGGGUUUCCAGAGACGAAUGGUGCAGUGUUUAAGAUCGGACGGGAAGCCGGGAUUGAAAUGCGAUCCUUCCCAAAGACCGUCAGCCACCAGAGCCUGUGGAGAUCCAUGUCCAGAGUGGGAUAUUGGGCAGUGGUCGCCAUGCUCCAGAACCUGCGGGAAAGGCUUUAAGAGACGAGCUCUGCAUUGCAGGGCCCAAACAGGACACCUGCUUCCUAGAGACCACUGCACUGGCUUACGUAAACCACAGGAGCUGGACUUCUGUAAACUAAAGUCUUGCUAGCGACUCCAAAACCUAUAUUAGGACUGAAAUGAAUCCACCAGAAUAUUUUCCACAUGCAUCAUGAAAAAUGAAAGGAGGAUGAAAAGUGUAGAAUGAAUGCUGCAAUAUCUUUUUCCCACCAUUUAGACUACAUUAUCUUAAUCCACUGCAGACAGAAGAACAACACCGAACAAAGUCUAUAGAGAGCUGAAUCAUGUGAAUAUGUUAGCAAGCUAUUUAUCUUACUUAUGAGUAUGGAACCCAUUUAAUGUCAUAAUACUUUAAAUGUUGGGAUAGCAAAGAUUUUUUAAGGUAUUUCUGUAGCCUACCUGGUUCAUAAGAAACAUAUUUUGAUUCAUUUGUCAAACAAAAUGUGAGGAAAUUCACCUUUUUCAGAUAUUUUAUUCAAUCCUUGAAUAGAUUUGUAACAAAACGCAUCGCGUUUUUCUUUUUAUGAGUUAGCGAUUGUGUCAUAUUGGCUGACUUACAGACUAAGCUACACAUUUUGCUCCCUUCCCGCCCGUCAUAUUAAGAUAGCUACCGUAUUUUCUGGACUAUAAAUUGCUGCGAAGUAUAAACUGCAUCAGUCAAAAAAUGUGUCAUGAAGAGACUUUAAGUCGUUUUAUGUGGAAAUUUAUUAUACAAAUUUAUUUAACAAAAUUCUAUUCAAAAUUUAAUCUGGAAAGGGAAGUUAUUGAACUACACAAUAGAACACAGAACAACAGGUUUAGCAGUCCGGUAUGUUAAUGUAACACAUUAAUAGUUAUUCAGCUACACAGUAGCGUAGGGGUGUCCUGAUCCAAUAUUGAUAUUGGAUAUCAGUCCGAUAUCAGCAAAAAAAUAAGCAUCGGAUUACAUCUGCCUUUAUCUAAUAUCUCUGAUAUUGCUACUCCGAAACAAGCAGUCCACUCCAGACACCGCGCCAGCACUUCUAUCUACAGUGUAUGAUUUGUAGUGUGCUUCGCAAGGAUGUAAAGUUAGAAAAAGAUGUUGCAGCUGAGUGCAAAACUUGCAUCAAGUUUCCCGUGGUGGCACAGAACCAGGAAGUUUAAUACGACCAACCUCAUCGUGCAUUUAAAGCAGCAUCACAAAAAAGGGCAUCAGGAUUUUUGCAAGACCGCGGCUCCCUCAAACAUCCAUCGCUGAAACAUUUGCAAAGUGUGAGAAACUCCCACAGGACGGCCAAAAGUCUUUGGCUAUAACAGAAAAGAGCCAGCCCGUUGGUGGUGAGUAAUGUCAGUUUUAAUGCUUCAAUGAGCAACUCGACCCUUACUACAUUAUGCCUACUGUUGAUAAAACUGCACACCAGAUGCAUAAAGAAGUAAAUGUUUUAGUCAGUACUGCUGCUGAUUAGGAUUGUCCGAUAAUAUUGGCCACUGAUAAUUAUCGAAAUUGGCUUAAAAAUGUGAUAUCGGCCAACAUUGGUAUCGGCUUAUUCCCUACAUUGUAAGCCGAUAACAUCUAUAUUUAGCAAGCAUGGCUCACAAUAACAAUAAUAUCUUGAUACAGUAAUGGGGUGAAUCAAAUAAAUAAAGAAAUAAUUUCACAGUUUAUAUUUUGCUGCAUUCAGCUGGGAUAGGCUCCAGCUUACCCGUGUCCCUAAUGAGGACAAGGUAUAGAAAAUGGGUGGAAUUUUUUUUUUACCACAUUUUUUAAGUGACUCACUAUUAGUUCAGUGGAGGCUUAUGUGUGCAUCAUUACAGUAAUCUUUGAAGACAAGUCGCGGGCCGCAAAAUGUGACUCGGCGGGCCGCAACUGGCCCACAGGCCACGAGUUUGAGACCCCUGGUCUAAAUAAACAGAAAUACAAAGAAAAACAACAAGUGGAUAUUCUUAGCACUCACUUUGUAACUCUUAAUGCGUAAGUAGAAUUUGCUGCAUUUAAGUAUGCUCAGAAAUCCCAGGGAAUACACUCAAAACGUCAAUUCAACUUAAAUGGCAUGAUGUCUUUGAACACAACCCUCAAUUGCUCAUAACAACAUGGUUAAAGUGCGAUUCAAAAGUGCUGCUACUAUUAAAGAAACUAGUGUAGUGUAUAUAUAUAUAUAUAUAUAUAUAUAUAUAUAUAUAUAUAUAUAUAUAUAAUCCUGUCCUCUAAUUUAUCUUCCUUUCAGUAAAAUACAGGAAAAAUGGGCAUACUUCAGACAUAGUUGCAAAGGGUGAUUAAUCAUGAUUAAUCAUGCCCUAACACACACACACAUAUACAUAUAUAUAUAUAUACACGCAGACACACACACACACAGAAACGUCAUACAUACAUGUAUACAUAUCAUAUAUGUGAUAUCAAUAUAUACAUACGUUUGAUAUUCAUGUCGCACUGACUAUAAGUAUCGGGACCACCCAAAACAUGAAAAACCUGCAACUUAUAGCCCAGAAAAAACAGCUUGUGCAGCUUUUAUUUGCAUACUCCAUUCUGUGCUGUACAGAUGAGUUUUCAAAUCAUUCUAUGCCCACCGUUUUCAGAUCAGUCACUACCAAAGAUAUUCAGCUGCUCUCCCUGGACACUCAGUGAAAUCCUGUAAAUAUAUUAUAUUAUUCUUAUGAUGUUCCUUAAAGGGCCCACAUUGUCCAGUACAACAUCCUGUCACAGGAUGGAUCCUUUUAUAGUCAGAUUUUUUAAAUUUGUUAUCAGCUUUUGCACUUUGUACAGCAAAAGAAAGUUGACUUAUAAGGGCUGUACUGUAUACUAUGUAUACAUUUAUUCAGCUCUGUGCAGAAUAAAAUCAUGUAAAUAUGUCUUUAAUCUCUUGCUGUUUUUUUUACAUACAAUUGAAUUGUCUUAGAAUAUAUUUAUUCCAAAUAAAGCCUUGAAUGAAA